AUGCUCUUACCAGGCAAGUGGGGCGGUCGGGCGGCUCGGCGGCUCGGCGGUCGGGCGGCUCGGCUGCUCUGCUGCAGCUCGGAGGUCGGGCGGCUCGGUUCCUCGGUGCUGGGCGGCGCGGCGGUCGGGCGGGUGGCUGCUAGGCGGCUCGGCGGUCAGGCGGCUCAGCUGGCCGGCGGUUCGGCUGCUCGGGGGUGCGGGCGCUGGGCGGCGGGGCUGCAGGUGGCGGCGAGGCCGCAGGUGGCAGCGGGGCCGCAGAUGGCGGCGGGGGCCGCAGGUGGCAACGGGGCCGCAAGUGGCGACGGGGCCAUAGGUGGCGACGGGGCCGUAGGUGGCGACGGGGCCGCAGGUAGCGACGGGGCCAUAGGUGGCGACGGGGCCGCAGAGGGGCCUAAACGGGGCCGCAAAGGGGGGCCAGACGGGGCCGUAGCGAGGCCAGAAGGGGCCGUAGCAGGGCCAGAUGGGGCCGUAGCGGGGCCAGACGGGGCCGUAGCGGGGCCAGAAGGGGCCCCGCCUGCUCGACCGCGGCCCCCCAGCCGCCUGUUCGACCGCGGCCCCGCUGCCCGCUACUGUCGCGGCCCCCGGCCGCCUGCUAGCGCUGGCCUCGCCGCCCUCUACUACCGCGGCCCCGGCCGCCUGCUUGCACGGCCCCCGCCGCUCCGCUACGACCGAGGCGCCAGCCGCCUGUUCGACCGCGGCCCCGCCGCCUACUACCGUAGCGGCCCGGCCGUCCUUCUCGCGCGGCGCCCAGCCGCCCACCUACUACCGCGGCCCCCGCCGCCUGCUACGACCGCGGCCUCCCAGCCCACUAGGCUGCGGCCGCCGCCUGCUCAACCGCGGCUUCGCCGCCCACUACGCAUCGGCCCCGCCGUCCACGCUGUAGCGACUACGUCGCUCCAGCAAGGGCCAGGGGGGCAAGGGCGCGGGUGGAGCUGGACGGGGGCGGUGGCGGUGGGGCGGCGGUGGCGGCGGAGGGGAGUGGGGGUGGCGGCGGGACUAGUGGCGGGGGUGGGUGGUGGUGUGGCAGCAGCGGCGGAGGACAGUAGUGGUGGUAGCCAAGCGGUGGUGGUGGAGGCAGCGGCGGAGGUGGAGUGCGGCAGGAGGUGGAGGCGGUGGAGGCGGCGGCGGAGGAGGCAGUGGUGGUGGAGGGGGGUGGAGCUGGUCGGGGUGGUACCCAGCAGCGUAGCGGCGGUGGUGGUGGGCCAGCGCUCGCAGGCCAGCGCAGCAGCAGCAGCGCUCUCGGGACAUCCCUUCGCCUCAGCAGCUUCGCCGGUUGCGGUCUCCCUUGCUGACCCCUCUGGGGGUCCUGUCCUGUCUCACUUCUCCACUGUCCUCCCGUGUCCGGCUGCCCCUUCGGGCACCCUGUCGGGUCUGUACCUUCCCUCGUUCUCUACGAACUUGGUGAGUGGAGCGGACCUGCAGGAUGGGGGUGUUCACCAGUUCACUCCUGCGCGUCAGCGGGUGGCUGCGUCAGGUCAGGUACUUGCUGCUGCUUCCCCGGUCAGGUCCCUGAGUCUGCCCCCUGUUCUUGUCGCCUCCUGUCUCACGAGACUCUCCUGUGGCACCACCGUCUUGGCCACCCCUCCUUGCCCCGUCUUCGGAGCAUGGCUUCCCGUGUCCUUGUCUCUGGUCUUCCCCAGUCUCUCCCUCCUCUCCCCUCCGGGCCAGGACCUUCCUGUGUCCCCUGUGUCGAGGGUCGCCUCCGGGCUACUCCUCACUCCUCCCACUUCCUCCCCCCGACGGAGGCUCACCCUGCAGACGCUUCACAUGGAUGUGUGGGGCCCAGCCCCCGUCCGUGGGCAGGGUUACGAGCGCUACUUCCUGCUGGUGGUUGACGACUACUCGCGUUACACCACAGUCCUCCCCUUGCGCAGCAAGGGUGCGGUCACUGAGACCUUCACGCUUCCGGACUCACCACAGCAAAAUGGGAUUGCUGAGCGCCGCAUUGGCAUGGUCAUGGAUGUCGCUCCCUUGCUGUCGACGGGGAAGGUUGGCGAUGCGUCUGUGUUCCGUGUCUGGGGAUCUCGGGCGUUUGUCCGCGACUUGUCUGCGGACAAGCUGUCCCCUCGUGCUGCUCCCUGUGUCUUCCUUGGCUUCCCCACUGACGCCCCAGGGUGGCAGUUUUACCACCCCUCCUCUCGUCGUGUUCUGUCCUCCCAGGACGUCACGUUCGACGAGUCAGUCCCCUUCUACCGUCUCUUCCCCUACCGCACUCCUUCCCUCCCCCCCUCCCCCGGACUUCCUUGUGCCGGUUCCCCCCCCGGUAGACCCCCUUCCCCCUCAGGUUCCUGCCCCCUCAGCCUGGGGGUGCUACUGCUGGGGGUGCUGGGCCUGAGGGUGCUACUGCGGAGGGUGCGGAGCCUGGGGGUGCUGAGCCGGGGGGUGCUGUGCCUGGGGGUGCGGGGUCUGGGGGUGCUGGGUCGGGAGCUACUGAGACUGGAGGUGCUGAGUUGGGAGUUGCUGAGCCUGGGGGUGCUGCGUCUGGAGCUGCUGAGCCUGGGGUUUCUCCUGCUGCUGCGUCUCGCCCGGGAGCCCCCUCUCUCCACAGGAGCUGCGCGAGUGGUGUCGCUCGCCGCUGGAGGCGUGCUGCUGAGUCUGGAGGUGCUGCUGGAGCUGGAGCUGGAGCUUCUUCGACCGUCGUGGAGUGCGGGUGCUGCCGGUCCCGGAGCUGCUGGACCUGCGGGUCCUCCUGGAGCUGGAGCUGCUGAGGGCGCUGGUGCUGAGCCUACUGCUGUUGGUCCUGCCACUGGAGGUGUGGGUGGCGCUGGUGCUGUCGCUGAGGGUGCUGGUGCAGACCCUGCUGCGUCUGGAGCUGCCGCGCGGCCUCGGCCGUACUUCGUUCCGCUCUUGCAGCAGGUUCUUGGUCUUUCUCCUCCGGUAGAGGGUCCACCGCCUGUCCAGUCGCAGUCCCUGCUGGAGCCUUCCUCUCCUCUGCCUGCUCCCUCUCUUUACACUGGUCCUACUGGAGGUCUUGCUGAGCGUCGUGAGCCUGCGUCUCGUCCCGCGUCGCCUGUUCGUGCUGCUCGCGCUAGUGGUCGCAGUUCGCGUCAGCGUCCUCCUCCUGUCCCUGGCACGCACCGGAUGUCUUUGCGUCCGUCCACUGCUCCUCUGCGUGCCCCUUGGCCUUCUCCUCCUGAGUCCUCUCUUCCUGCGCUUGCCGACCCUGAGUCGGACUCUCUUCGUGCUGCCAGUCCUACUGUCACGCGUCUGCUUGCUACUGUCGUCACUGACCCCUCUUUUGAGUCCACUGCUGCGUCUGCUCUAGUCGCUGAGCUCGUCGACUUUGCUGCUCGCUGUCGUCUCGACUACACUGCUAGUCUUGUUGCUGAGUCUGCGUCUGUCUGUCCUCCGUCCGUCGGGGGUGAGUGUGCUCUUAGCACGGACGUCCUAGAGGACAGGCAGGAGGAGUUACAGUGUCUAGCGGCUGCUUCACCUCAUCUCGCGUCUGUACUGCUUGCCCCUGAGGGAGACUCGGAUGCACUAGACAUCCCGACUCCGCGUUCUUACGCGGAGGCCGUAGAGGGUCCCUACUCCUCUCAGUGGCAGGCAGCUAUGGAUGCAGAGAUGGCUUCCUGGAAGUCCACAGGCACCUACGUUGACGCGGUUCCCCCUCCUGGGGCGAACAUCGUCAGUGGCAUGUGGAUCUUCAGGGUGAAGCGGCCGCCGGGCUCUCCACCUGUCUUCAAGGCACGGUACGUUGCUCGUGGCUUCAGUCAGCGGCAGGGAGUUGACUACUUUCAGACCUUCUCUCCCACCCCGAAGAUGACUACUCUUCGGGUGCUGCUGCACAUAGCCGCUCAGCGCGGACUACGAGCUUCACUCUCUCGACUUCAGCACUGCGUUCUUGCAGGGUAG